AUGCCAGGUCGAACUCGUCCCAUCGAUAAGCUUGCCACCGCAGCUGCAAAAUGUUCAAAAGAAAGCUCAGUAUACGGCAAGUGCAUUUUUGCAGACUACGGCAAUGUGCACAAAGACAUGUGUGUCAAUGAGUUUAUGAAGCUUAAAGAAUGCUACCUGGUAGAGCCA